AAAUAAAAAGAUUAAAAGCCCCGAAGAAGAGAGCAAGAUCCUUCUUUUGCUCGCCGGAAACCUCCGAUGCUUGCUCGGAGAUCCAAUGGGGGCACCGUCGAUCACUUCCCAGGAACUCAACUUCCUCGUCUUUCGUUAUCUUCAGGAAUCAGGUUUCACGCAUGCGGCUUUUACCUUAGGUUAUGAGGCUGGGAUAAACAGGAGCAAUAUUGAUGGGAAUUUAAUUCCACCAGGCGCCCUUGUCACUUUCGUGCAGAAGGGACUUCAAUAUAUUGAAUUGGAAGCAAAUUUAGAAAGUAAUGAUGCAGCUGUGGAUAGUGACUUCUCUUUCCUGCAACCCCUGGAUCUUAUCACAAAGGAUGUCCCUGAAUUGCAACAAAUUAUUAAAGAGAGAAAGGAACAACUUCAGAUGGCUAAGGGCAAUGAUUUAGACAGCCAACGUGGAUCAGAAAAAGAGAGAGAAAAGCAGGACAAAGAUCGUGAUAAAGAAAUGCAGAAAGAAAAGAUGGACAAGGAUUGUGAGCGAGAGAAGGAGAAGGAUAGGCAUCAUGAAGAGAAUAAAGAUAUGGCUAAAAAUCGUGAAGAUAAAACAAAAUCUAAACCAGAUGAAAAUGAUGUUCGUGGAGGAUCUGAGGCAAUGGAUUGUACGCCUGUGAGCUUUGAGAUUCCAUCAUCUGAAGUUACCAUUUUGGAAGGACAUAGUUCUGAGGUUUUUGCUUGUGCAUGGAGCCCAGCAGGUUCUCUUCUAGCAUCUGGCUCUGGAGAUUCAACAGCACGAAUUUGGACAAUUCCUGAUGGACCCUGUGGCCCUAAUUCACAAAUCACGGCGCAAAGUGUACAGGUUUUAAAACAUUUUAGAGGAAGAACUAAUGAGAAGAGCAAGGAUGUUACUACCCUAGAUUGGAAUGGUGAAGGGACACUGCUGGCAACUGGUUCAUAUGAUGGUCAAGCAAGAGUAUGGACUAAAGAUGGGGAGUUGAAGAAUACUUUAAUCAAGCAUAAAGGACCAAUCUUCUCCUUGAAGUGGAAUAAGAAGGGUGAUUGUCUUCUGAGUGGAAGCGUGGAUAAAACUGCUAUUGUUUGGGAUACCAAAACAUGGGAGUGUAAGCAACAAUUUGAAUUUCACUCAGCUCCAACUCUUGAUGUCGACUGGAGAAACAAUAAUUCUUUCGCAACAUGUUCAACAGAUAGCAUGAUUUAUAUUUGCAAGAUUGGAGAGAAUCGCCCUAUCAAGGCUUUCUCAGGCCAUCAGGGUGAAGUUAAUGCCAUCAAAUGGGAUCCAACUGGUUCGCUUCUAGCAUCAUGCUCUGAUGAUGGAACUGCAAAGAUCUGGAGCAUGAAGCAGGACAAGUGUUUGCAUGACUUGAAGGAGCACAUCAAGGAGAUAUAUACCAUCAGAUGGAGCCCAACUGGACAGGGAACAAAUAACCCAAACAGGCAAUUAGUGCUUGCAAGUGCAUCCUUCGAUUCAACCAUCAAACUAUGGGAUGUUGAACGCGGAAGCCUUCUGUAUAGUUUGAAUGGUCACAGGCAACCUGUGUAUUCUGUCGCAUUUAGCCCAAAUGCAGAGUAUCUAGCCAGUGGAUCACUUGACCAGUGUGUCCACAUAUGGUCAAUGAAGGAAGGAAAGAUCGUUAAGACAUACACGGGUGGUGGUGGAAUUUUUGAGGUGUGUUGGAACAAAGAAGGCGACAAGCUUGCCGCAUGUUUCUCUAACAGUACCGUAUGUGUCAUGGAUUUCAGAAUGUAGUCGAUGAAAUUUAUGAGCACAAUCCAUGAAGUUACAGAUAAAAUUUAAUCUAUGUAUAUCCUGAUUGGAAAAGAUAGUUUCAUUCCCUGACUUUUUAGGGCUUCCUUGACAAAUUUAGAUGACCCAUUUUGCUGCUAAUUGUUAUGUUAUGCUUUGGAUUUGUUUAUCAUCUCAGCUUAGUGUUAUGUACAGUCUUAAACUGUUGCUUAUUGUGGUAAAAACCAACUCCCAUUAUGUUUUAACUAGUGAUUUAUUGAUUUAGACUCUCA